GGGAAUUCGACGGGCCCAGGGGAAGGGGAGCUCGAGCUCGGGAGAAAGACGAGAGAGCGAGAGGGAGGCGAAAGAGAACGAACAGAACAGGAGAUUCUCGGAAGUGUCGACAUCGCUUAGUUUCUUGUCUCGAGGCUCGACAGUGGUUUGGGGUUUGGUCUCCGCCCGCAGGCGUCUCAUUUUCCAGAGCCCGAGCCCGAGAAAGGCCAACCGAACAGAACCAACGGCGACAUGUCGAUUUUCGUCGCUGCCUCGCGGUCCCGCCCGAGGCUUCCUGCUCCAUCUCCAUCUCCAUGGUGCGAGUCGUACCUGUCUCGCGCGAUCGGCUGUGCUCCGCGCUGCCGCUCUGUCCCCGCAUCUGGCCUCCCCUGCCAUCCGCCGGAAUGACAUUCUUCUCUUCCUCUGGGCGCCUGCCUUCGUUCUUGUUUGAUUUUCUGAGUUGUAGCAGCCAAGCGUUUGUUCGACUUCGCCCUCCGCUCGGGACGGAAGGAUUCGAAAGAGGACAGAAAAUCAAAACGUGUUGAUUUGGAUUCGAACGUAUCUGAGAAUUCUCACUCUUGAGAGUGAAAUCAUCCGCAGUGUGGGUUGAGACGAGUGAAGGCCGUGGAAGGUCCAAGCAUAGAACAGAAAGCUUGAGUAUUUUGACGUGCGAUUGAAGAAUUGUCUUUACGGGUGUCUUAUCUCCACCCGAAAGAGAAAGUGAAGGAUUGCUAAGCCGAUGGUUCUCACGUAAAGAUUGUGCUCUCAUCUGUGGACUCGGAUGGCAAUGAGUUGCAGGAGAAGGAUGAUUUGAGUUCACAAACCCAGAAUAUUUGUUGAAACGCAGCAUUCUUGCGCUCAAGUUGGCUGCUAGUGGAUCCUUUUACCGGGUCCGGAGCGAGAAUUGCAACUAGUCGAAGUAAACAUCAUGUCGGGAUGCGAUGCCGGAGGAUCAUUUACGUGUAGAAACAAGGAGAGUGCGAUUCGGCUUAAAAUUGGAGCCAUAGUGGCUAUAUUGACCGCCAGCGCUCUUGGAGUAGCUCUACCCCUCCUCGGCAGGAACUUCAAGUACCUACGGACAGAUGGCAACUAUUUCUUCGUUGCGAAGGCGUUUGCAGCAGGCGUUAUUUUAGCGACUGGUUUUGUCCACAUGCUGCCGGACGCCCAGAAGAGUCUGGGCAGCCCUUGCCUGCCCGAGCACCCAUGGCACAAAUUCCCUUGGUUUGGGUUCGUUGCAAUGAUGGCGGCUUUAUUCACUCUGUUGAUUGAUUUUGUGGGAACGGAAUUUUAUGAGAGAAAGCACGGAGUGGCCUUGCAUGUCGGAGACCAACAUUCCGCACGGAUUGCCAGCGACAGAUUUGACGACGAUUCUGAUGAUCGUCGUUCAAACGGUGAGAAGGUCGAUGGAGAUGGAAUGCACAUUGUUGGCAUGCGAGCGCAUGCUGCUUCUCACGGCCACAGCCACGCCGAAGGACACCACGGUGACAUCAUGAGUCAUGAUCACAUGCACCACGGGCACUCGCAUUUCAAUGAAGGAAACGGGAAAGAGGUUUCUGUUCGUCACAUCGUCAUAUCGCAGGUCCUGGAGCUUGGAAUAGUCGCGCACUCAGUAAUCAUCGGCAUCUCUCUGGGUGUGUCAAAUAGCCCGUGCAACAUAAGACCUCUCUUUGCAGCUCUUUGCUUCCACCAAUUCUUCGAGGGUUUUGCUCUUGGAGGUUGCAUAUCCCAGGCGGGUUUCAAGGCCACAUCAGCAGCUAUUAUGGCUUGUUUCUUUGCCUUCACCACUCCAUGUGGCAUUGCGCUCGGUAUUGGAAUCGCCUCGAGCUACAAUGAGAACAGUCAAUCUGCUCUUAUUGUGGAAGGUCUCUUUGAUUCCGUGUCUGCUGGAAUUCUCGUUUACAUGUCACUGGUGGACCUCAUCGCUGCGGACUUCCUCAGCAAGCGUAUGAAGUGUGAUCGUCAGUUACAAGUUUUCUCAUAUUUUGCACUUUUUGCUGGCGCUGCUGCCAUGUCUUCGCUGGCCAUCUGGGCCUGACGGGGAUCACUUCGACAGACAGCUCCCUUCAAUAGUUAAACAAACGCAUUUCAGCAUCGCUAAGAUUGUGUCGUUUGAAGACCAAAGUUUUCCAGACAUAUUUAAGGUUGUUUAGUUCAAGGGUUUCCCAGCAGCAGCAGCAGCAACAUGUUAAUAUUUGUUGACCUCCGCACUUCUGCUCCUGCAACUUCUUUGAGGUAACUCUUUUCCUUCUGAAAAAGGUCUUUAUCUAUCGAUAGAUAAAUUUAAUAUUUAAGAUAUGUUGUCCAUCAGUAAUCAUGUAGGAUCGAAAACUGGAUGGAAGGAUAGCGAAAUCAACAAAUCGUUGAGCUGCAUGUAUCACGUAUCGAAACUGUAAGACGAAGACGAUAAAUCGAGCGUUGAAGAAUAGAUAGUUCAACGUACACCUGCGCCUCAUUAAAGAAUGGAACACAUUUAUAUGGGCCUAUGACACAUGCGGUGGAGACGUACUUCAUGAUCCUUCACAUCUUUCAUAUGUUGAUAUGUAUUUCUUAUAGUGAUGCCGAAUGCAUUCG